AUGGCGUUUCUGGGACUUCUUGCAUGUUGGCUGUCCAGCUCGCUGGCGGUGGCCUCGGCACACCAGGCCCAUGCGCCCGAGGUCUACCUGAUGAUGCCGCUCACGCUUGUCAACAGCAGUGGGCAGAUCGAAGAUCCGGACCAUUUGGAGAAGAUUUUCGAUGGCAUCCAGGAGGUCGGAGCGGACGGCUUCAUGGUGGAUGUGUGGUGGGGCAUCACCGAGCCAACGGCCAUGAACUACACCUUCGAAGCGUACAAGGAGCUUGUGAAGGAGGCCAAGGUCAGGAACCUCAAGGUACAGAUGGUGGGCUCCUUCCACCAGUGCGGUGGUAACAUCGGCGAUGCUUGCUACAUUCCCCUGCCAGAGUUUGUCCGCGAUAAAUCCGACAUCUGGUACAAGGAUGCUCAGGGAGGUGAGACUCAGGAGUACAUCUCACUUUUCGCAGAUGCCGUCCCGGUCGAUGGGCGGACACCGCUUCAGAUGUACAGCGACUGGUUUGCAGCCUUCUCAGAGGCCUUCGCCCAGGACCUGGGCGACCCAAUCGUCGAAGUGAUGGUGGGUCUUGGCCCAUGCGGCGAGAUGAGGUAUCCUUCCUAUCCGCUGGAUCGGUGGAGCUUUCCCGGCAUCGGCGAGUUUCAAUGCCACGACAAGCAUGCGCUGGAGAGCCUAAGGCUUGCAGCCGAAGCUGCCGGGUGCGACGGCUGUGGGACCCCUCCGGAAACCGCAGGGACCUACAACGACCAGCCGAAGGACACCGAAUUCUUCACGAAGGGCUACUCCUCCCCGAGUGGCCGCUUCUUCCUGGACUGGUACUCCGGCGCGCUGAAAGCGCACGGGGCCAACAUCCUAAAGCAAGCCGGGGAAGCUCUGGGUCCGAAGGUGAAGCUCUCGGCGAAGAUUUCCGGCCUCCACUGGUGGCACAACUCUUCGUCGCACGCUGCCGAACUGACCGCCGGCUACUACAACACCAACGAUCGCAAUGCAUACCUGGAGAUUGCGGAGAUGCUUCUGGACUCUGGCGCGCAAGUCCUGGACUUCACAUGCUUGGAGAUGAGAAACAGCGAGCAGCCGCCUGCUGCCGCAUCCAGUCCUCAGGAGUUGGUGCAACAGGUUAUCAAGGCCUCAAAGGAUGCAGGCAUCGCAUUCUCUGGCGAGAACGCUCUGCAGCGCUACGACCAGCGAGCCUACGAGCAGAUGCUUUCGUACAAGGAUGACCUUCACUCCUUGACCUACCUGCGGAUCACCGACACACUGCUGACGCCGCGGGAGAUUGGCAGAUUUAGGCAGUUCGUCAGCGCAAUGCAUGCUCCGGCCGGGGAAGUGUACGAGCUCAGCUUCCUCGACAAGGGGAGGCAGCUCCGUGGUUCGCCCAUGGAGCCCAUUGAAGAGCAUGAAGAGCCCAUGGAGGGAUUAGCCUUUCGCCGGGAGCACGUACCUCGCGUUAGUGGGGCGUUCAGAAGCACCGGAGUGCGGCUGUGGCUUCUGCUGCUCAGCUCUGGAUCAUCCUUGGGUUUGCGAGGCCCUUGA